CUCACUCUGCAUCAUCCAUUGUCUUUCCCUCUCUUCCUCUCUCUUUCAACCCUUCUCCUUCUUCCCCUAAACCAAUACCCCUUUCCUCAAUCCACCUUUCAUUCCUCCCACAUUCUCAAAAUCUCUCUUUAUCCAUCAAAGUUACAAAAUUUUAACCAAAAAACCCAACAAAAAAAAUCAAUUAACUAGUUACAAUGCCACCAAUAUCUGGAAAACUAUUCACCGUUAGUUUGAUAAGUUUUUGGUAUGCAUCAAACAUUGGUGUAUUACUAUUAAACAAGUACCUUUUAAGCAACUAUGGUUUCAAGUACCCAAUAUUCUUAACACUAUGUCACAUGAUGGCAUGUUCAAUGUUAAGUUACAUUGCAAUAUCAUGGAUGAAGGUGGUGCCAUUGCAAACAGUGAGAUCAAGGGUACAAUUUGUGAAGAUAUCAUCACUUGGACUUAUAUUUUGUUUGUCUGUGGUUGGAGGGAAUAUUUCUCUAAGAUAUCUUCCUGUGUCUUUUAAUCAAGCUAUUGGUGCUACGACACCGUUUUUUACGGCGGUUUUUGCUUAUCUUAUGACCCUUAAGAGGGAGGGUUGGCUUACUUAUAUGGCUCUUGUACCUGUUGUUACUGGUGUUAUGAUUGCUAGUGGGGGAGAACCAAGUUUUCAUCUAUUUGGAUUUAUAAUGUGCAUCAGUGCUACAGCAGCCAGAGCACUCAAAACAGUACUUCAAGGAGUCUUACUAUCUUCUGAAGGAGAACAACUGAAUUCUAUGAACCUUCUUAUGUACAUGGCACCAGUGGCUGUUGCAUUCCUACUUCCUGCUUCAAUUAUAAUGGAGGAAGAUGUGCUUGGAAUUACCAUUCAACUUGCUAGAGAAGAUUCAACUAUUGUGUGGUUACUUAUUUUCAACUCCACACUAGCAUAUUUUGUCAACUUGACCAAUUUUUUAGUCACAAAGCACACUAGUGCUUUAACACUUCAAGUACUAGGAAAUGCAAAAGGAGCUGUGGCAGUUGUAAUCUCUAUUUUGAUAUUUAGAAAUCCGGUAUCAGUAACUGGAAUGUUAGGAUAUUCUCUUACAGUCAUUGGAGUUAUCCUAUAUGGUGAAGCCAAGAAGCGAAGUAAACGAGAUACAUGAUGUCAAUGUGGAUUCUAUCCACUUCUUAAACUGCUAAAGCAUCCCAGGGGGUGUUUCCCUCUCAACUCUUUUGCAGUUUGAUCUUUGAUAUGUUGAAAAUGUACAAAAACAAGUGACUGGUCUUACAUAGAGUUAUUUGCCUCAGCAAUCAUCCGGAGUACAGAUGAGUCAGCCUGAGCAAACGUUUCAGCUUAGAUUUAGAAUAGGUUAGGAUAUGCAACUGACUACCAAAAGAAUGUUUUUAUGUAACAUUUGUCUUUGUUCUUUUAACUCUUGUACAGGAUUGACCUGUAAAUGUAACAGAAGCAAGUUUUUAAAAACAUAAUUUCAGUUUUUUAUUUUUUA